GCCUGCGCUCGUUGGCCGUUGGUGCACUCCCCCUUGCUGGUGAGGCUCCUUGCGGCACAGGCGGUGCGAGUAGGCGGCAAAUGUACCUACAGACCUGGGAAAGGUACCCCGUCGAUCCCAGCUAUACCCAGUGCAUGCGUGUCAGCUAUGAUCAAGACCUACAUACACCUACGUAUAUCCCGCACUGCCUAGAAUAGGGGCACACGGGCACUGGCGGGCAAAGGAAUGGUGUGUCUUGGCUCAUGCAUGGGUCGGGUGGCCAUCCUAUACACCUAGCCAGGCCGCACCUGACAGUCUGAUUUGCUCGCUGGCAAAUUGCCUGCGCCGCAGGCUGAGAGGAAGCGGCGGUAGCACAGCAUGACUUUCUGCAACCACAGGAUGCGACCAGAGUCACCCUACGACACAUUGGACAGAAGGAGGGGGGCCCAGAGCCUGCCUUGGCUUUUUGUGCCACCGACCCAAGUCUCGAGCCCGUGGCCGGCAAACGUGUCGGACAGCUGCAUGCCCCGGUGCCCGUCUUGCCGUCAGUGGGCGCCAUUGCUACAAUGCCGUUCAUCUGCAGCCACGGUGGCGCCCGUUCCCGUGGACAGGGAGGCCGAGGGCGCGAUGGUGGUCCCCAAGUCGGCACAGCUCGUUGCCGACGGGACACGGCGUGGUAAUGACAGCACCCCGCAGCUCGCACUCCUCUUAGAGGCGGCCUCUGCAUGCUGUGGGCUGGGGUGCGCUCGGACAGAGUGGGACGGCGACCGGCCGUUCGUCGUCGCUGUGGUGUCACCGGAGAACGGGCCCGGGCACCGGCGAAAUCACCUGGCCUAA